UCCGCGAUCACUUCCGGGGUCUUGUUGUGUUUUCACGAUGGAAGGAGACGAUCAUCAUCAUCAUGAUCAUAGUCAUCACUUAUCAAUGUGUUCCUGCGAUAUAAUCAGGUUGCUCUGGUCUCUGCUGCUGCCCUGCAUCUAUCUCAGCCUGGUGUUGAGCCUGCUGCUGGGGCUGGUGGUUCUAGGGAUUCGGGCAUGGCUGCAGGGCCGCCGGGGGGCCCGGGGGGGACCCGACGGAAAGAAACCAAUGAUCGCCUUCUUCCACCCCUACUGUAACGGGGGUGGGGGCGGGGAGAGAGUGCUGUGGUGCGCCCUGCGAGCACUGCAGAACCGCUAUCCAGGCGUGGCGUUUGCCGUCUACACGGGUGACCAGGGAGUGACCGGAGAGCAGAUCCUGGAGGGAGCGCGCCAGAGGUUCAACAUAGUCCUUCCUCGGCCCAUCACCUUCGUCUUCCUCAGUCACCGGGCGAUGGUCGAGGCCGGGUCCUACCCCCACUUCACCCUGCUGGGUCAGAGCCUCGGCUCCGUAUUCCUGGGCUGGGAGGCUCUGACCUCGCUGGUCCCUGACGUCUAUGUGGACUCGAUGGGGUACGCCUUCACAAUGCCACUAUUCCGCUACCUUGGAGGGUGCAUGGUGGCCAGCUACGUGCACUACCCUACCGUCAGCACCGACAUGCUGUCUGUGGUGCGCAACAGGAACCCCAGGUUCAACAACGCCGACUACAUCUCUGCCAACCCGGUGCUGAGUGCGGUGAAGGUGCUGUACUACUGUCUGUUCGCCCUGCUGUACGGCCUGGCCGGUGGCUGCAGUCACCUGGUGAUGGUCAACUCCACCUGGACGCUGGGCCACAUCCUGGCGCUGUGGCGAGCCCCCGACCGCACCAGCGUCGUGUACCCCCCUUGUGAUGUCCGCUCCUUUCUAGAGCUCCCUCUGGAGGAGGAGGAGCCAGAGGAGGAGGAGGAGGAGGGGUGGGAGGAGCUUGGGCAGGAAACAGGAAGUGUGGUGGGAAGUGGAGGGGCGGGGGACAAGAAGUGCCACUCUAUUGUUUCGGUGGGGCAGUUCCGGCCGGAGAAGGACCACCAGCUCCAGAUCCGGGCCUUCCGGAAGCUGCUGGACAGGAAGGAGGCGGAGGGGCCCGAGGGGCGGGAGUCCCUGAAGCUGGUUCUGAUUGGUGGAUGCCGUAACGAGGAGGACGAGGACCGCGUGCUGAUGCUGAGGGGGCUGUGUAUGGAGUUGGGCGUGGCCGACCGCGUGGAGUUUAGACUCAAUGUUCCCUACGAGGAGCUCCAGAAGGAGCUGGUCAGCGCCACCAUCGGCCUGCACACCAUGUGGAACGAACACUUCGGGAUAGGUGUAGUAGAGUGCAUGGCAGCAGGCACCAUCAUACUGGCCCACAAAUCCGGAGGCCCCAUGCUGGACAUCGUAGUUCCUCACCACGGAGCCCAGACGGGCUUCCUGGCCGACAGCGACGACAGCUACGCCGCCGCCAUGGAGACCAUCCUGGCACUGCCGGCGGCCGAGCGACUGGAGAUGCGCCGCAACGCGCGGCUCUCCGUCGAGCGAUUCUCCGACCACGAGUUUGAGUCCUGCUUCCUGUCCGCCACAGAGCCGCUGAUGGCUGGAUUUCGGCCCUGAAGGGGGGCUUCUUCCGGUCCCCAUGGAGGCUUUGACAACGGUUCCAUUGCCAUCGAUUAUUGUUUAGCUGGCAACUAUCGCUUUUCUAUGGCGAUUCCGUCAAGGUUCCAUGGUUACCCCGUCCUGGUUUCCAUAGCGACCGAUUGACUACCCUACAGUAACUUUAUCUCUUGCUAACAGUAAGAAACUAGCAUGUCCUUAAAAGUUGUAGAAGUGGCACCAGCUAACCGCAAAUGCUUCUGCUAGCUACGCUUACAGAAAGUAACAGGAUCUAAGGAGGAGAGAGAGGCUGUUUUCCAGGCUUAAAGAGAGGAUGAACAGUACCAAUCAGCUGUUAAUUGGAAAAUACAUUUUAGUGGUGGUUACUCCUACAAGUGGCCCACCAAGAGACAAUCAAACCAUGAAGUUCUAUAAGUUAUAUGUAACGAGUUAAAAUCAGAAACCAAAAUCUGUUUUCCUGUAUGUCUUACCUCUGUAUUUUUCCCGCAUGCUCAUUGGCAGAUAAUUUCUGCCCUAGCCAAUCACAUUUUACAGUUUCUGAAUGGCUGCAGAGCGGGUUGAUGUUGUUAAUUAAAAUUAAAGUGUCACUGUGCUUGAUCCUAUUCCUUUACAUUCCUCCUCUACAGGCGGCUCUUCAAAUAACCGCUUGUUUAAAUGUCAUUUCUUCCGUCCCAUUUGUGUUGGAUAAUUGUGCAUAUUUAAUUAAAACGUGUAAAUUCAUCUGUAUUUUUGAGAUGUUGAUUAGCUUCCCUUGUCUUUAAGAAACACUUUGGUUCCAUUUAUCACUCUUAUUCAAGUUCUAAACAAGCGCAACUAGUUGGUAAUGAGACAUGCUUAACAAACUAAGCCCCUAAUGAAAGCACAGGGAAGGCACCUGCUCUGUGCAAACCGAUCAGAACGACUUGGUUCGGGUCAAUCAAACCAAAUCUAUUCUGUUGCUACUUAACAGAAGGAGACAGACGUUUUGGAUUCCAUUUGAAUCAUUUAUUAGAUUGGUUGCAUAAAUACAUUCAUAUUUAAGUAAAGCUUGAGGAAUAUAUGUGCAGAUGUGAUAAAAUUCCUUUCCUAGAACCUCCAUCAACGUGUGUCUUGCCACCAACCCUCUCAGUGAAGACCUCCUGUCUAUAUAUGAUCCUGAUCUAUUUACCAUCUUCUUCGGAGGAGGCUUCAUCUGAUGUCUGAGGGUCUCCUAUAUGCUCGGGCUGGCCCCCACACCCCUCAUCUUGGGCCUCGGUUGAAGAGGGAGGGGCCUUGGUCAAUGGGUAGCUGUCUGGCUCUGCCUGUGUUGGUCUGGGGUCCCCACAUCCCUUAUCUUCCCCUCCCUCCUUCUUUAUCCUUCCAUCUAUCUCUUCUCUCUCUCCGGGCUCCUCGUCUUCAUCUUCAUCCAUGAUGAAGAGGUUCUUCAUGGAGUCGGCCACCUCCUCCCUCAGCUCGUCUUCAGACUCCUCAAAGUUCCUGAUGGUAGAGAGAGAUGGAGCUAGUAAACUAUUCUUCAUGCGAGUUAGA